AUGGGGCCUCGUAAGAAGCCUGGUCCUAAGCCGGGGACCAAGAAGCCUGCAGGGAUGGGAGGGCAACCGGAUGAUGAUGGAUAUGCUCCUUUUCAUAAGCUCGUUAAUCAUCCGCCGUUGGUGCCGUCCUCAGCGGUUUAUGCCACGUUUCUUGGUAUGGAGGCUGGAUCUGAUACGGAGAGUGCUCGAAAACGAACUGUUGGCGCCCUCUGUUACAUUAUCGAGAAUUCUGAUCUUCCACAAGCAGAGGAGGAUGCUAUUAUGUCGGUCAUAAUGAGAGCAAUGAUCAAAGUCCCCGAUCCGAGUAAAGGAGAUCCUCGAGUAUUCAAUUGCUUUGAAGGGUGGGCUCAAAGGGAGAUGUGUAAAGCGAAGGAUAAAGACCCCGAACGGUACCAAGCGAUCGUUGGUGCUCUUCUGGAAAUUUAUAAUAAAAAACUCAACAGAAAAUACCCAAAGUUAAUACGCGAUCCCGGUGCUGAACAUGCGAUUUUCCGCUCAGCAUUAAUGCACUAUUGUGCCACAGGGAGUAUAGAAGCAUGUUUGCACGAUCUUCAGCGGAAGACUCGACAGUGGAAUGUCCUGCCACGAAGAGAGAAGCGAAAAGUAAAGGAAGAGGAUGGAAUGGAUCCGGAUGAUCUUCAGCGUAAAGUUUAUCAAAUGGGUGACGAGCCGUGGAGAAUCACCCAGGCUGAUCUCGUCAAGGUGCUCCGGUCUGCGGCUUCUUUUCCUCGUGAGGAAGCGACGAGGAUCGACCUUCCUGAAUGGUUUCUAGAAGAACUCACGUUACUAACGCCUCAAAAGCACGAGUUUGAGAAGCACGUUGUAACUCUCAGAAAACUGCCAACAUUCAGCAUCCACCGAGAGUUGCUCAUGAGACUUCUGCGCUGUGAAAGCCAGAUGUUCAGCCUGGAGGAUAUGACUGCCACUAUCAACACUCUCAUCGACGCUCGCCUGCAGUUCAACGAGGAUCCUGCCGCACCCAAGGGAAUCCCCUACGCCGAAGUGAAUGGUCUCGUAUUCGACGGAGACCGAAUCCGUCUAUGCUUUGAAGCUCCGCCCAGCGGCCGUUUGCCGCUUGAGCAUCGCAAUACUUCUCCAAUUUUGUGGAAAAAAUUGGCGAGCGAUGCGGAUCCCUGGAGGGGUAACUACUAUGGCGGCUAG